UGUCAAAAUUUCUAGUUUCUAAAAAUUCGAAAACACAAAAAAAAUGAAGUUGCAUUUCGAUUCCAAAUUAUGUCGUUUCCCUAAAUCACAUUUUUCAUUCGUGCUAAAUUUUCUUUUGUCGAAGCAAAAUAUUUUAACUGGAAUUUGUUCUCGAAGCCUGUUUUAUCUUCACUCAAACGUUUUCGCCGUUAUCUAUCUAAUCGUAAAUUUGGGUUUGGCAUCUUAUCAAUUUCUCCGAUUGAUGCAGACACCGGCGGAUGCGCCUGAAUGUGCCACCGAAUGGGUGCUUCCGUUGCAGUUGUGGCAGUACAAUUUCACUAUCAGGAUCGGUGGCUACUAUACCAAGAUGGCACAUUUGCUGUUCUCCAUUCAGUCGUUAGCUCGAACUUUGUACUAUGUGCUGACCAGUUGUCACCAGGCAGUACUGAGUAUGGUGGUUUUCGUGCCACUGUAUUUCGUAAUGGAUAUCGUGAGUCUGAUUACCAACUACAAGAGAGAAUGCCCUGGUUCAGGUUGCCGGAAAUAUUUGCUGCUACAGUCGCUUAAGCUAGGAUCAACGUUCCUGUUCUGGACCCACAUUUGCUGCUUUCUGCACAAUGAAUAUGCAAGCUGUAUCUUCCAAAGACGUUGAGCGAAAUUUUUAUUCAAAAUACAAUUCAACUAUGAGAACAGUUUUAUAAUAAAUCAUUUUUUUGACUAA